CAGAAACUCACAUGCAAUUAACAGCUCUGACAUCAGGGGACAAGCAAAUAUAAAACACUCAGCUCUGAGAGGGGUUCAUCAGAGAACCCGCUCAGGAGUUUAAGCCUGAUUUUUAUGUGUUUCAGUCUCUACACAAAGGGCUGCAAACCAGAGAUCUGUUCUUCACUCUUGCUUCGAGCAGAAUGAAAGCCCAUAAAUUCCUCUCUCUGGGAUACAUCGUCUUGCCCCUGCUGUGUUCUCAACAGACCUGGGCUCAAUUCCCAAGACAGUGUGCCACUGUUGAGGCUCUGAGAAAUGGUGUGUGUUGCCCAGACCUGUCCCCACUGUCUGGGCCUGGGACUGACCGCUGUGGCUCCUCGUCAGGGCGGGGCAGGUGUGAGGCAGUGACUGCAGACUCACGACCCCACAGCCCCCAUUACCCGCAUGAUGGCAGAGAUGAUCGGGAGGCUUGGCCCACGAGGUUCUUCAACAGGACAUGCCGAUGCAAUGGCAAUUUCUCAGGACACAACUGUGGGACUUGCCGUCCUGGAUGGAAAGGAGCUGCCUGUGACCAGAGAGUUCUCAUAGUCAGGAGAAAUCUUCUGGACUUGAGUGCAGAAGAAAAGAACCACUUUGUCCAGGCCCUGCAUCUGGCCAAGCGGACAAUGCACCCUCAGUUUGUCAUCGCCACCAGGAGAUCAGAAGAAAUAUUGGGGCCAGAUGGCAACACGCCACAAUUUGAGAACAUUUCCAUUUACAACUACUUUGUUUGGACACACUACUAUUCGGUUAAAAAGACUUUCCUUGGGCCGGGACAGGAAAGCUUUGGAGAAGUGGAUUUCUCUCACGAGGGACCGGCUUUUCUCACAUGGCACAGGUACCACCUUCUGCAACUGGAGAGAGACAUGCAGGAAAUGUUGCAGGAUCCUUCAUUUUCUCUUCCUUACUGGAAUUUUGCAACCGGGAAGAACAUCUGUGACAUUUGCACCGAUGACCUCAUGGGAUCGAGAAGCAACUUUGACCCCACUCUUAUAAGCCUGAACUCUGUCUUUUCUCAAUGGCAAGUGGUCUGCGAGUCCUUGGAGGAUUAUGAUACCCUGGGAACACUUUGUAAUAGCACUGAGGGGGGGCCAAUUAGGAGAAAUCCAGCUGGAAAUGUGGCGAGGCCAAUGGUACAACGUCUUCCUGAACCACAGGAUGUCGCCCAGUGUUUGGAAGUUGGUUUAUUUGACACCCCUCCUUUUUAUUCCAAUUCUACAAACAGUUUCCGAAAUACAGUAGAAGGUUACAGCGAUCCCACAGGAAAGUAUGACCCUGCUAUUCGAAGCCUUCACAAUUUGGCUCAUCUAUUCCUGAAUGGAACAGGGGGACAAACCCAUUUAUCUCCAAACGAUCCUAUUUUUGUCCUCCUGCACACUUUCACUGACGCGGUCUUUGAUGAAUGGCUGAGGAGAUAUAAUGCUGAUGUAUCCACAUUUCCAUUGGAAAAUGCCCCAAUUGGACAUAAUAGGCAAUACAAUAUGGUACCAUUCUGGCCUCCAGUUACCAACAUAGAAAUGUUUGUUACUGCUCCAGACAAUCUGGGAUAUACUUAUGAAGUUCAAUGGCCAAGUCGGAAUUUUAGUAUUUCUGAACUUGUUACUAUAGGAGUAGUUGCUGCUUUAUCCCUGGUCGCGGUCAUUUUUGCGGGUGCUUCUUGUAUGAUUCGUGCCAGAAGCAACAUGGAUGAAGCACAUCAGCCUCUUCUCACUGAUCAAUAUCAACACUAUGCUGAAGAAUAUGAAAAAAUGCACAAUCCUAAUCAGUCUAUGGUCUAAUGACAAAUGACCAAUUCUCUGAUACAUUAGCAUCACAAGAACACCUGGUUGAAACAUAACAGAUGAAAUUACUUUAUGUUCUUUUCCUCCAUUACUUUCUUUCUUAUGCACGCCCAUGUUGGAAUUAGAGCUCUACAUAUUAUUUGCUAGAGCACAGAGAGUCACAGUCUUUUUAAUACAUUCUUUUUUCCAACUCUAUUUCAAAUGGUAGGUUGUAUGUUAACAAACUAGAAUUUAAAUAAAAACUUGAAACAUUAAAAAAAUAAAAAAAUAAAAUAAAACAAAACAAAACAAAACAAAAUAAAAUGGUAGGUUGCAGGCAUAUACCCCUGUCCUCUAGCCCUAAUUCCCAACCCUAACCCUAACCCUCUGGAGAGGUCUCUGAACUGCAAAAUACCAGACACAUAUACUAACCCUAACCCUGAAUCUGAGAAUGUGGCUUACUGAACACAUGAUAAGAAACGCUGAGAAACAGCCUAGUUACCCUGGAGAAGACUCCAAAUACUUAAGAAUUGGUGGGAUUUCUGGAAAUUGGUGUUGAAGGUAGAGAUUUAAAAAAAGAGUGAAGGAAAAUAAAAUGGUAGUUUGCACCAACUCUAUGAUAUUUAAGCAGAGAAUGUGAAGAUUUGGGCGUGUUUUAAAGACCAACUAUAUGACAAUGUAAAUAAGCUGUUGUGCUUUGUUUAUGUAUAAAGAAAAAUCAUAAUAGUAAAUCUCUGAUUAAAAUACAUCAGUAGGCAUCUCUACAAUGUGAAAAUGCAAACACAUUUCCGUUCACUGACAUCGAACAAUGGAUAUAUAGGAAGCCACAUUUAUUAAUUAAAAUCCAUUAUGUGGAGCUACAAAUGGGAUCCCAAUUGUUUUUCAGACUAAAAUUCCCCUUGGGCACCAAAGUUUAGUUUAGUUUAAGGUUUAGUCUGAGGUUCAACGUCGCAAAAAAAUCCUGAUCUUUGUCACACUCCAUAGAGGUAAAGACGUCACUUUGUUUAAAAAACAGUUGAUACUCUAUUUGCCACCAUGUUCUACCUGUCAAUGGACUGGAAGCCAACAACCCAUUCAUACAUUUCAUGUCCCCAUUCCUCUUCCAAUAUCUUAGUGACCCAAAGCAAGGCAUAAAGUGGAGAAUACGCAAUACCGUGCUCUACAAACACCAUUCAAUUCAUUGUGUUUCAAGUAGCCUUCUCGUAUCACUUAUCGGUCUUUCAUAUGUUUUGAAAAUAAAAUAAUAAUAAUAUUAU